CUUGGACGGUAAAGUGAAAAAAUCGCUUCCCUCAAAGCAAUCUUGUGAAGUGGAUCGGACGGUUGAAAUAAUAGCGAACGGAACUGUGGAAUUGCGAAUUAAAUUAUUCGAAAACCGGAUUUUUGGUGAAAGGUCAGUGGAAGCAAGUUAAGCGAAGAAAAAAAAACAGCAUCAAAAAUGGCUUAUACUCUGCUGCGGAACUACGUACGGCCUGCGGCCUCUUUGGUCGAGCGACAAUUCGGUGCACUAUCUUCAACGUUGUCUAUCGCAGACAGCCCUCUGGCCGUUGGAAAGAUCAAUUCUAGCUACCUGCAGGACAACAAUCAGCUGAAGCAAGGAUUCCUUUCGACGGCCGUUCGCAAGUACUCGAAGAAGACGGCUGCACCGGAGCGUGCAUACAACAGUGAUUCCGAUUCGGAUUCCGAUGAUGAACGCGACACUCCACGUCGCCAACGCAAGGAACGGGGUAACUCGGAGUUCUGGCGCCGCAAGAUGCGUACCCUGCACGGCCUGCUAGACGUUAACAAGGACGGUGUCAUCUCGUACGAUGAUUUUAUGCUGCUCACCGAAAAGUUCGCAUCCCUCGGUCACUUGGAUGCGAAAGCGAAGAAUGAGUUCCGGGACAUUAUGAGGACCACCUGGGAGCAGCAAUGGGGCGAAAUAACACCGUAUAAUCUAGUCACGGUAGAGCAGUACCUCACCGAAAUGCAUCAUGUUGUGAACGACAAGGAUCUUAAGAAGAAAGUCCACCGUUUCCUUCCCUACCUGUAUAAGGCCGUUGACAAGGAUCGUUCAGGAUCCAUCUCGUUGAAUGAGUUCAAACUGUUCUUCCGGUGCCUGGGUCUGACGGAGGAAAAUGCGGCCGUUUCGUUUGCGGUCAUCGACAAGAACGGCGAUGGACAGAUUACCUUGGACGAGUUCGUGAAGCUGGGCAAAGACUUCUUCGUAACCGAAAAGGAAACCCAUGUUUCGCGGAUGUUCUGGGGUCCGCUCGUUGAUCACUAGUGGUGCGAUGCAGCCUAUUCUUUCUACGGCUUUCUUCUGGAAACGACAAUCCCUUAGAAUGGAGUGAAAUUGAGUGUUUCGUAAAAGUAGCGAUCUGUAAGUGUUUAGCCUGUAAGUUUUUUUUUCGAUGGACGAAGAUCCCUUCCUCGAUAGUUGCCAUUUCUGUUCUUUUCUGUCUCCUGUAUGGAGCGAUACAGCCUGUACCUUCAUUUUCUUCACAAUUUUCUACACGAACACCCAUACUAUAGAGAAGUGAUCAUUCAGGUGAUCUUUUUGCAUUUGCAAUGUCCGGAACAAUAUCCAGCGUAACUUAAAUGUAAGCCUGCAUUUGUCGUCACAACUGAUCGAAGUGUACACAGCAUUUGUGAU